CUCACGAGCAAGCCCGUUAAGAUUUUUUUUAAAGUUCAAAAAAAGGGUAUCCACAAACCUUAUAUUUUAUAUAGAACAAGCCAAGACAAGACAAUAACAUAAAAACAUCUUGACAGACCUCAAUACAAGUUGUGGUGGAGAUCCGUUUUCUUUCACUGAAAAAACAGCGACAAGAAUCAUAUUACCAAAUUUAGCACUUAUUGUCGGUCUAUUCAUCGGAAAAAGGGCAAAAGUUUGCCGAUUGCCGGCGGGAAGGAAAGUACCUGCAACUCUGCAUGUAAAAGAAUUGAAUAUAUUUAUUUUAUAUAGUAUAUAUAUACUAUAUAAUAUUGAGCUCUAUCAAACACUGGAUUAAUGCUCGCCAUAUCGCCUUUGGAGAACACCAACAAUGAAAGGGAAAGUCAGAUGGAGACUUUCUCAAUGGGAGGUGAUGAGUUCCCUGAUUUCUCUAAUGGGAAUUUGCUUGACAGUAUUGAUUUUGAUGAUAUUUUUGUUGGGAUCAACGAUGGAGAUGUGUUGCCAGAUUUGGAGAUGGACCCUGAAAUUCUCGCUGAAUUCUCAAUUAGUAGUGGUGAAGAAUCGGAGAUUAACUCAUCAACACCUUUAUCGGUAUCAGUUGAGAGAGUAGAUGAGAGUCGGGUCAAAAAAGCUGCCUCGGAUAUUGGUUCAGUGUCGAGUUUGAUCCUUGGAAAGGAAACGGUGAGUAAAAGGGAAGAAUCUGCUGCAGUUAAUCAAUCUAACAAGGAAGCUGAUAAAGGAAGAAAAUCAUCAGCGCAAUCGAAAAAUCAACCGGGGAAGAGGAAAGUGAAGGUGGAUUGGACACCAGAGCUACACAGGCGAUUUGUGCAAGCAGUGGAGCAACUUGGUGUGGAUAAGGCUGUCCCUUCAAGGAUUUUGGAGCUUAUGGGGAUUGAUUGUCUCACUCGCCAUAACAUCGCCAGCCAUCUUCAGAAAUAUCGUUCACAUCGGAAACAUUUGCUUGCUCGAGAAGCGGAGGCGGCGAGCUGGAGUCAGAGGCGGCAAAUGUACGGCACCGCCACAUGCAGGGCUGGGAAGAGAGAUGUCAACCCUUCGCUUGCACCCACAAUGGGAUUCCCUCCAAUUACACCAAUGCCUCAUUUUAGACCUUUGCAUGUAUGGGGUCACCCUUCGGUUGACCAAUCCGUGAUGAACAUGUGGCCUAAACAUUUAGCACCUUUGCCGCCGCCGCCUGCUACCCCAUCGCCGCCUUGGGUAGCAGGUCAGCCUCCUCAUGCAAGGCCGCUGGCUGCUGACCCGUUUUGGCAUUCCCAUCACCAGCGUAUUCCGACACCAGGAACGCCUUGCUUCCCACCGCAUAUGCCAUCCACGAGAUUUCCGAGUCCACCGGUCCCAGGCAUCCCACCACCUGCCAUGUACAAAAUAGAAACCGGCGUUGUUGUCCCAGCGGCACCACCCUCUGGACAAACACUGCCUCAACCUCCAUUGGACUUUCACCCGUCAAAGGAGAGUAUAGAUGCAGCAAUUGGAGAUGCUUUAUCAAAGCCAUGGCUGCCACUUCCACUUGGAUUGAAGCCUCCAUCCAUUGAUGGUGUUAUGGUGGAGCUGCAACAUCAAGGAAUAUCAAAAAUACCACCAUCUUGUGCUUGAAUUCUCCAUCUUCGUUGUGGAGUUUUUUUAAGCCAAGAACAUAUAUAUGUUAAAACCCCUCAAUUCGACGACAUUUCCAGCAAAGAUCGAUGAAUACAAUAGUUUAAUUUUCAUGCCAUUUUUCUCCCUUUUUUUGUACUGUUCUUGUUUUCUUGCAUGCAAGAACAAUGCAUGUGAUCAAACAUGAGACAUUAAUUUUCUGUAAUGUAAUGUAUAAUAUGUAUGAGAGUGUUUUCACGGGCGGAACCUCUAAA